AUGGAUAACGAUGAAGAUCAAGAACAUUUAUUGUUAAGUUCAUUUACAGAAGAAACUCCUCUAACAGAUAAUCAAUCUAAUGAAGAAGAAGAAAUCAUAUACGAAACAUAUGAUUGGACUACCAGUUUAAUUAGUCAAAUUUGUCGUGAAGGAGAUUUACAUCGGUUACGUUUAUUUAUUGAUUAUAGUCGACAAAUGUCAACAUUGGCUGAAUAUGCAGCUCAAAUAGCUGAUCGACUUGAUACUGAUACAGGCCUUUCACCAUUGCAUCAUGCUGCUCGUUAUCAACAAUUACAUGUUUGUACAAUACUUUUAUCGAAUAUGAAUUUUAAAUUUGGUGUUAAUAUAAAAGAUGUAAAUGGUCAAACGCCGAUGCAUUCUGCGUUUCGUUCACCGAAUAGUAUGUUAAAUAUAGAAAAUCAAGUUCUAAUUGAAACUGAUUUUGGUGAUCAAAUUCAAGAUGCUCAAACAUGGCAAGAAGAAUAUAUUACAAAAAUUCUUCCAAGUAUUCAUCCAUUGAUUUAUUUAUUUGCUAAAGCUAAUGGUGAUAUCAAUGCACGUGAUAAAUAUCUUCAAACACCACUUCAUUAUGCUGUAGCUCGUCAUAAUUUAUCAGGUGUUAAACUAUUAAUUACAUUAAAUGCAGAUAUUGAAGCUGGAGAUCGUCAGGGAAUUCGUCCAUUACAUUUAGCAUGUAAAGAAGGUUCUUUAUCGAUCGUAGAAUAUUUAAUGGAACAAAAUGCUGAAAUCGAUGCUAUGGAUGCUGAUGAAUGGAUACCAGUUCAUCAUGCAUGUAUAAAAGGACAUUUAGAAAUUAUAAAACUAAUUCAUUUCAAAGAAAAAUUGAAAUUUCAAGAACUUCUAGAAAUGAAAACAAAUACAGAUGCAACAUGUUUACAUUUAGCUGUACAAAGCGGAAAUAUUGAACUAGUUGAAUAUAUUCUAACAGAAUAUACUGAUAAUGAUUUAAAAUUCUUUAUUAAUGAACAAACAGAACCAAUGGGUACUGUUUUACAUAUAGCAGCUAAAUUUUGUGAUCGAUCUAUGCUGAAUCUUCUUUAUGGUUUUGGUGCUGAUCCAACAAUAUUAAAUUCAUAUGAACAAUCUUCACUGCAUAUAGCAAGUGUAUCGAAUCGUCUUGAUAUUAUCGAAGAACUUUAUAAUCUUACACAAUCAUCACUUCUAGAAAUCAAGGAUAAUCAUGGUCAAACAGCUUUAUCUGUUACAACGCAUCCUGAUAUUAUCGAUAGAUUAAUUGCAUUUGGUGCUGAUAUUUCAAGUCUUGAUAAUAAUCAUAUGAAUGCAAUAAUGAUUGCUGUAUCAAAUGUUCAUAUUCCAAUUGUUGAUCGUUUAUUAUGUUCUAUUAAUGAUCAAUCAUUGUCAAUACUUGAUCAAGUUGAAAAUCGAAAUGAUCGUUCAAUAUUUCUAAUAGCUAUUCAAACUGGUUCCAUUGAUAUGUGUUCAUUAUUAUUAACUCAUCCAUAUAUACGAUGGGAUACAACUGAUAAACAACGUAUGAAUGCAAUUCACAUCGCUGCACAAAAUAAUUCUUAUGAUUUAAUAGAAUUUCUUUAUAAUUAUAUUCGAAAAUCAAAUAAAUUUUUAUCAAUGAAAAGUCGUAGUUAUUCCACUGCAACAACAAUUGAUUCAGAUACAAUUAAUAUUCAGACGACAACAUCAUCGUCAAACUUACGUUUGUAUAUCGAUGCACAAAAUGAAGAUGGAAAAACUCCAUUACAUUUAGCAGCUGAACAAGGUCAUGCGUCAUGUAUUCAAAUGCUUCUUAAUUAUGGUGCCAAUGUUUUACUUGUAAAUUAUCUUGGUCAAUUACCCCUUCAUUCUGCUAUACAAAAUGGACAUAGUCAAUGUGCUGAUUUAUUAAUAAAAAAUUCUAUAACAUAUAUGACUGAAUUUCAUUCGGUUCUAUUACGAAGGCAAUCACCUUUGAUUACUGCUUGUCAAAAUGGUUUUGUUGAUAUUGUAAAACUUUUAAUUUCUCAAAAUAUUGGAGUCGAUUUUGAUAUCGAGAAAGAAGAAAAUCCUUUAGAAAUUGCAAUAAAAUAUCGACAAAUUGAAACAAUACAUGUACUUUUAGAACAUCCACUUACAGAAUAUUGGCUUAUGGCAAUAAGAAAUUCACAUCAAACACCAUUAAGAGAUAUGAUUCGAUAUAUACCAGAUUGCGCACAACAUGCAUUGGAUAAAUUAAUAUUAAAAACAAAUAGAAUAGAUUUCUUUGGAGAAACAUUCGAACGAACAACUUAUAAUUAUAAAUAUAUUGAUGAUUAUUUUCUGGAUAACAAUAGAUUGUAUACAAGAAGUAGUCGUCAACUCUAUCGUAAUCAUCCACUGAUAAUUGCUCUUGAUCGUGAACAUCAUUCCAUACUUGAACAUCCUCUUAUUCAACAAUUAAUGGCACAUAAAUGGAAAUUGUAUCGUUUAUGGUUUUAUUUACCUCGUAUUUUAUCUUUUUUACUUUUAUUUAUUUUAACAUGCUAUGUUCUUAUUGUACCUGCUCCAGUUAUCAAUUCAUUAUCAUUACAAAUACCAACAAAAACUAUUCUAUAUUCAAUAAUAACUAGUUCAAUAAUUCGAUGGAUUAUUCUUACAUUAUCGACAAUAAAUAUACUGAAAGUUUUCCUUGAAAUUAUUCUAUAUCGAGGUUUUCAUGUUCCAUUUGCACAAUUAUUUGGAUUAAUCACAUUUAUUUCAACAUUAGCUGCAUUUAUACCAUUAAAAAAUCAUAUGACAAAUGAACAAUGGCAAAUAAAAUCAUUUGCAAUCUUAUUUCAAUGGUUUAAUAUCGCUGUUAUACUUCGUUCAGUACCAUUUUUUGGACAAUCUCUUGUUAUGCUUGAAUCAAUCUUAAUAAAAUUUGUCUUAUUAUUAAUUUCAAUAUUUCCAUUACUUAUUGCAUUUACAAUGUCAAUAAAAAUGAUAUUUUUUAAUCAACCAGCAUUUGUAACAUUAACAAAAACAUUACAUAAAUCUUCGUCGAUGAUUGUUGGAGAAUUUGAUUAUGAAACAUUAUUUUUUUCUAAAGCAACAUUUACAGCUGCAUCAUUUAUAUUUGUACCAUUUAUUGUUAUAAUGACUAUUGUUUUUAUUAAUCUUUUAUUAGGUAUAACAGUUGGUGAUAUUCAAAGUUCAAUAGAUAACGCACGAGCAAAAGCUAAUGCUUAUUGGAUUCGUGAUCUUAUUUAUAUUGAAUCAACUCUACCAAGUAAAACUUGGUUAAAAUCGAAUAUAAUCGAACAAGAAAUCGUCGAUCAUUAUCUCAAAGAAUCCAUUCAAAAUAAAACAGAUGAACAUAAAGAUGAUGAAGAUGAAUUAUUAAUAAAUCAUCCUUAUGCAGCUGAAUUAAGAAAAUUAUUAGAUAUUCUUCAUAUAUUAUGUACACAAGCAAAUCAAGUUUUAGAAUACGAAAUUAAUUUAGAAAAAACGCUAAAACGAUUAUUAACAACAAAGGAAACUCAAGCAUCAAAUUUCGAUCAAUUUCUAACUGUUCAAUAA